AUGACAUUCACAGAGUUCCUUCACCUGAAGGUUCUCUGGACAAGAGGUGACAUCAACGACUUGUUCCCUCAGGAAAAUGAGCCGGAUUUCUUUUCUCGCUCCGCCCUGCAGUGCGUUCACAAGGACUCUUUCAGAAAUAUCGAGAGCGACCUCGAGGCUACCAAAGGUCGCGAUCCGCAUGCUCUGAUCCACAGCGGCAAGAUGGCGGCGGGACUGUUCAGUGUGUUCGAAGCAUACAUUCCUCUCAUCAUGUCGAUAGACGCACAGCCGGGCGUGGAUUCGUCGCCCAAGGUGAUAAACCUGGGCAUUGUCCAGCCGCAGCCGAAAGCAUCUGACACGUCGGGCAUGGCGAGGCAGCUUAACAGAAUGACGCUGCAAAAAACGCCCAUGUCGUCUUUCGGGAGCCCCCUGACGCCGGAAACUCCGGAAUUGUCCCUUCGGGCAGAAUAUGAGGCUCUGCUCGACCACGCCACUUGGGUGCCCGACCCCAAGGUAUUUGUUCUGAAUGACAAGAAGAACUCGAGGCGUCUUCUCGAGGCUCGGGUGGACGGCUAUCUGCGAAAGAGGAUGGGUGCAAGCGCGUACGGGAUUGUGGAAGUCAAGCCGUACGUGCGCACCUCGCACACAGACCAGAUCGAAUGGCAGGAAGGCGCUCAGAUGGCGGCUUGGAUCUCACAGACUCCGGGCACCGUCAACAAUGGCGUCUUUAUGGCUCCGGGAGGUGCGGGUAUCAUGCGACGAUUUAUGAUUACACAGAACCGACAGGAGAUCUACGUCACAGUCGCCGAGUACGACAAGACGUACGAAGAAUAUCUCCACGGCGGACCUCAGACGCCGCCGCUCCCAUCCAAAGGCCCGGCUCCGAGAGCGCCGAUGCAGAUAGGCAAACCGCCGCAGGCUGUGCCCCUGGCACCACGCAAGGGAGCUCGGGCAGAGUACUACGGUGGCGGAUACGACGGCAGUGUGAAUCGGCCGUCCGGCUACGGCCAAGGACAGUCUUCGAAACAGCCACUGGUGGAUCCAACGCCUGGAUUCCUUCUUAUGCGCUGCUUCGGGCCUGUCCCGAUCAACGACCCGAGGAGGAUGCGCAAGCUGUGCCAGGCUAUAGUUGCGCUCAGCAUUGAGGCAGUCGGUGCUUGUUCUUAG